ACCCGGUGCAUAUCACAUAUCAGGAUGUCGAACAAGCCGAUCUUUGUGGCUACGCAUCCGCGAGCAUGCUCGACGGCUUUUGAGCGCGUCUUCAUGACUCAGCGUGACACCAUUCAGUGUGUUCACGAGCCGUUCGGCGACGCUUUCUACUACGGCCCGGAGCGUCUCUCGGGCCGAUUCGCAGACGAUGAAGAAGCUCGUCUGGAGAGUGGAUUCAGCGAAUCCACGUAUAGCACCGUGAUGGAUAGACUCGAAAGAGAAGCUACUGAGGGAAAGAGAAUCUUCAUCAAAGAUAUCGAUCACUAUUUGCUUCCACCGAGUGGCAAGCCCGCCAGCCUGGCCCCGUCCUUGCUGCGCCUGAAGCGCGGCGUCGGCACUGACGAGACAAAUGGCGAGGGCCACGCCAACGGUGUGAACGGUGUCAACGACACCCACAGCAAUGGUCACACCAACGGCCACACCAACGGCCACACCAACGGCGUCAAUGGUCACACCAAUGGUGCCAACGGCCACACCAACAAAGAGCCCUACCCAUACAGCACCCCCGCAGAGCCAGGCAACCCAACCGUGAUGCCCCGCGAGCUGCAAGAGAAGUUCCACUGGGCUUUCUUGAUCCGCGACCCGCACUACAGCGUGCCCUCGUACCUGCGUUGCACAAUCCCCCCUCUGGACGAGGUGACAGGAUUCCACAACUACGACCCCACCGAAGCCGGGUACGACGAGCUGCGUCGCCACUUCGACUACCUGCGCGAGUCAGGAAUGGUCGGGCCGCGUGUUUCGACUCGCCCGGAGCUCGGCCCCGGCGACGCGGUGGUCGCCCCGGGAUCGGUUGAGAUCUGCGUUAUCGAUGCUGAUGAUAUGCUCGACGAGCCUGCCAAGACCAUGGAGGCGUUCUGUGAUAGUAUGGGCUUGCCUUAUAGCCCUGAGAUGUUGAAGUGGGAUACCGAGGCCGACCAUGCAGUUGCCCGGGCUGCCUUUGAGAAAUGGCGUGGAUUCCAUAAUGAUGCUAUUGAGUCGAAGGCUUUGGAGCAGCGGAAACAUAAACGUGCGACCAAGACCGAAGCAGAGUUCGAUGCCGAAUGGGUCAAGAAGUACGGUAAGGAGCACGCCGCUCUCAUCCGCCAGACGGUCGACGACACCAUGGCCGACUAUCUGUACCUGAAGUCGUUCGCCGUGAAGGUUUAG